AUGACAAUCAGCUAUUCUGACACUUUUGUGAGGCUAUUAUUUCGAUGGAAAGGUUCAUUAUGGAAAGCUAUAUGGCGACAUUUACUGGUGUUUUUAUUUCUUUAUUAUUCAAUAAAUGUUGUUUAUCGGUUUGUAAUGACACAAAAGCAGCAAGAGCUGUUUGUAAAAUAUGUGGUAUUAUUUGACAGUUGGACAAAAGAAAUUCCGCUGACAUUUCUUUUAGGUUUCUACGUAGCCAUGAUUAUUCGAAGGUGGUGGGAUUGUUGUCAGCUGAUCAGCUGGCCGGAUCAUCUCCUCUAUAAUGUCUCGGCAUUGAUUCGAGGACAUGAUCCUGAAACACGAAUCAUUCGUAAGACAAUAGCUCGAUAUGCGAUUCUAUCGUCAGUACUGGCUUGGCGAAGCAUAUCGUUACGGGUUCUCACCAGGUAUCCUACAGAUGAGCACCUCAUGGACUCAGGCUUAAUUACGAAGGAAGAAAUGGCUAUAUUCAAAACGAUCCACGUUCGGGUUGAUCCUCACCAGAAAUGGUUCGUACCGAUCAACUGGAUUCAAACAAUGAUGGUCCGAUGUUUCGAGAAAGGAACUCUUGGUCAUACAAAUGAAUUACGUGUACUGUUGGAUGCACUUGAAAAGUAUCGUAACGGCUUUUUCCAGUUAUUCAUCUAUGAUUGGAUUGCCAUUCCGCUGGUUUAUACUCAGGUGUCCACUAUAUCGGUAUAUGGAUAUUUUGCGUUUGCUCUGAUCGGGCGACAAUUCCCAAGCCAAAAUGAGUACAGGGAAACGGUAGAUAUGUACGUACCAAUAUUCACCAUCCUCCAGUUUUUGUUUUUUGUUGGGUGGCUGAAAGUCGGCGAAGAUUUGAUGUUUCCGUUUGGGGCUGAUGACGAAGAUUUUGAAUUCAAUUAUAUUCUUGAGCGCAAUCUGGAGAUGGCUUACUUAAUCGUCGACGAACUUCAUAACCAAGUGCCACCGGUGUAUGUGGAGUCGCUCGAUGACAAGUUGAUGCAUACAAAGGCGUCCAUACAACUGUCGAACCAUCCGCAACGGCAGCAUCUGAGGAAGUACAAAAUGAAACCAGACGCAAUGCAGAUUUCUAGGGAUUCCUCUAAAUUGAUUAAUAAAAUGAGAAACACACAAAAGGGUUCUAUAGAAUAA